AUGCACAAAAGAAGCCCGCUUCUCGCCGCCUUCCACUAUUCUUUCUUCCUCGAUGACUACGGCGGCGGAGCUCGAUUCGUUGGAUAUUCAAUCCUGCCGCCGUCACCAACAAACCCCCUGUUGCAGGCGCCUUCGAACCCUCUACUGUCCUCACAUUCGCACACUCAAUGCCGCCUCCUCGUCAUUGAAGAAGACUUUCGUUUGCUGCCGCUUGUUCGUCGCAACGUAGGGUUCCGCCUACUCAUUGUGAUCUGA